AUGGAUUAUGAUUCUCUUUAUUUACUAUUGCCAAAGGAACCUAAGAAAUGGCAAGUGUCUGAUGUUGUUAUUUGGCUCUAAUUCAUUGGACUGGGUUAGAUGGAGGACAAGUUUGGUAUUUAGUUUCCUUAAUACUAAUUGUAGUGAAUUGUUCAAUUGAUGGCUCGAUUCUGGAAGAGAUAACAGAGAAUGACUUGGAUGAAGAAUUGGGAAUCAACUCUAAAUUGAUCAAAAAAAAGUUAAUGAAUUGUAAUCAUAAUCUAAUCCAUAGGGAUCACAACAGGAUUGAAGGAAUUUAGCAUAUACAUCUGUUAAAUGAAACUCAAUACCAUCAAGAAAUCACCCAAUGAGGAUUUCACUCUCCAAAAGAAUGUUAAUGCUUGUUAAGACAAAUAAUGCUAAUCAAUUAUCAAUCAAUACGACGAGUUACAUGGUUCUUAGAACAAAAUGAACAAUUAGGUUGAAAAUUAACUCAUCCUAUAACCUUUAGAAAGUUAACAAAACAACUUUUAUUGUAUCAAAUAGGCUGGAGCCAAUAUUGGAAGACAUUCCAGCAAUCACAUCCUCAUAUUAGAAGAAAAUAUUAGUAGAUUUCAUGCUGAAGUUACAUAUUAGGAUUCUAAGGUAUCACUCCAUUCUAUCAUUCACAGUUUUACAUCAAAGAUAUAGGAAGCACGACAGGAACAUACAUUAAAAUUUAAAAAAGAAUGAACCUCUUCCAAGAUAUGCUAAUCGAACUAGGCAGUAAUCUGUUCUAAGUUACUCAAUUGCAGGAAGUCUCUAAUGGCAUUCAACUUGAACUCCUUGUUAUGGAAGGACCAAAUUGUGAUGAGCAAAUUAGUUUUCAUCUCAAUCAAGAGAAAAACUCUGUCACUUUCGGCAGGAAGACCAAUGCAGAUAUAGCAUUUCCUGAAGAUCAUCAUCUAUCUAAUUUACAUGCUAAAUUUUAUUUAGUAGACAAGGAUGUAACUAUUGAAGAUCAUUCCUCAACCAAUGGGUAUAGUAUAUGUUAUUAAUUGUAUCUAGCACUUGGUUAAGAUUAUCUGCAGAUGGACAACCAAGUUCUAUUUAUCCACUUACCUCAGAAGAUGAAAUGACUAUCAUCAGGAUUGGCACAGUUAAUUAAUACCUAUGUCAAUUAGAUAAAUUCAGUAUAAACUAUAAUGAAUACAAUUUUUGUACAUUGUGUCAUGAAAAUGAACGAGAUGCAUUGUGUCUUCCUUGUAAGCACAAUUCUACUUGCUUCAAAUGUAGUAAAAAUUUGUAACUAUGUCCAAUUUGCAAAAUGAAGAUCUCAUAGCAAAUUAGAAUUUACAAAAAUUGA